AAUAUUGGGAGUAUUUAAAGUCAACAAGUUUUGAGUAUUCUCAAAACAAAGAGGAUCAGAACGCACCUAGUCAACCUCUUCUACACACUGUUAGCUUUUACAGGAAGCAGCAGAAUAUGACAUUGAAGCCUCCUUUCACCCUCCAGGCACAUACAGAUAGACCCCUCUGCAUACUCCACUGAUGACAGCAUUGACCGUAUGGAAGAGGAGCUGGACAAAGAGCUGAAGCUUGUCGAGCAAAAAAUAGAAAUGUUGCAACAAGAGGUUAAGAAACAGCAAACCAUCAUUUCACAGUCAAGCCAAGCUCUGAACUUGUGUUACUCUACCAUAGAAUUUUCUGGUUCGACAGAACAAUUGGAGGCGGAGAAGUUGCUUCUGCUUGCAAGCCAGCGGAGACAGGCAGCCCUACACGAGAUCCAGCGACUAAGAGUGGAGCAGACCAUCCGUCCCCAGUCUCCCGGAAACAAGACCCUGACUGAAAGAGGCAGCCUCACCCUCUCUCGCAUCACUGUGCCUCUCAGGAUGGAUGUAAUCCACCAGGCUGCUAAAGAUGACCAGUGCUACUACCUGGUGUGUCUGGUGCACAGUGACGAGCGUGUGCUGGCCAACCGAUGUUAUGUGUGCUCCACGCUCCCUUCACAGUCACAACAAGCUAACAUUCCCAAACACUCUGGCACUAGAGGGCCUUUUACUCUGACUUCAAGGUUUACUCUGGAGGUAUACACAAUGACGGCUCGCAGCAAGAGAGAUAAUCCCUCACGAUGUCAAGUACCACAUCAACACCAGCAAGAAAGACGCAAGCAAGCUGAAGCUGACUCCUCGCAAAGGCAAGGGUGACUCGAGGCUGAUGAUUGCCGUCAGUACAGUCACCUGGGGGCCCAUCAGCAGUGCGCAACCUCAGCCUUCACUAUGGCUGGCUAUGUCAUUUUCUCUCUGCGUGAGAUACACCGCACACAGUUUGCACUGAACAAGGUGAGUCAUCCAUUAUG